UUUAUUUUGUGUCCUUCAGGACCAGGGUGAGAAGAAGGAGAACCCUAUGAGAGAGCUCCGCAUCCGCAAGCUCUGCCUGAACAUCUGUGUCGGUGAGAGCGGAGACAGACUGACCCGUGCUGCUAAAGUGCUGGAGCAGCUCACAGGGCAGACCCCUGUCUUCUCAAAGGCCCGCUACACUGUACGAUCUUUCGGUAUCCGUAGAAAUGAAAAGAUUGCUGUCCACUGCACCGUCCGUGGAGCCAAAGCAGAGGAGAUCCUGGAGAAAGGACUCAAGGUGCGUGAGUACGAGUUGAGAAAAAACAACUUUUCAGAUACAGGAAACUUCGGCUUUGGUAUCCAGGAGCACAUUGAUCUGGGCAUCAAGUACGACCCCAGCAUCGGCAUCUACGGCCUGGACUUCUACGUGGUUCUGGGUAGACCCGGCUUCAGCAUCGCCGACAAGAAACGGAAAAGAGGCCGCAUUGGUUUCAGACACCGCAUCCGUAAAGAGGAGGCCAUGCGCUGGUUCCAGCAGAAAUACGAUGGCAUCAUCCUCCCCGGCAAGUAAAGGACCACCUUCUGAUCUUGUUUGUAACAAAGUAAUAAAAUGGGAAAAAUGA